GACGCUGGGCUGCAGAAAUGGCAAUGUAGGCACAGCUAAAGCCUUACAGUGUCUCAGCCAAGCUGAAUGCGAGUACAAUGCUCCAUCCUUUAUUUCCAACCAUAAACUGCUUACCUGGGCAGUUCUAUGUUCAGGACUCAAGUAUAAACUAGGUUAUAAAUCGCCUUCUUGAAUCCACUGGAUGGUAAUUCUCAGCUAUACAGUAAGGUUGUUUUCAUAGCUGCCUCUACUUUCAGUGGUCCUUCUAGUCACAGGUUCUCAACUGCACCCUAACUCUCAACAUGGCUAUUCAAAGCGAAAUAGAACGACAUCAGUCUUCUUCCAUGACAACGAACUACCAAACCAAGAACGAGCAGAACUACCAGCGGCACUGGCUUCAACUAAUAUCCAACCAACCCCUGGAAACAGCGCCAAUCCCGAACCAGCCGCUACUAGUUCCGGUAUCGAAUCUAAUUACUAUUCCAAGCCAUGAGGAUCGGGUACAGUGGUUCGCAUGUCGUCUAUCAAAGAGGUUUAUACAUCAAUACUUGAACGUUAUGCCAGUGCAACUACCUCUUCUGAGGGGCAACUGUCAUCUUGAGCUCCUCCCCCAAGACAUAAUCGACCGAAUCUGCCGGUAUGUACCGUACGAGGAUUUAAUAAGCCUCUACCGACUAUCACGAACAAUGAACCAGGUUAUCGACCCGCAGCUAGCACCCCACGAAACCAAACUAUCCUUCGUUCUACGGGCCGAGCGUGACUUCCCACAGCACUUCACUAAGACUAAGGUGAACCCGAAUUCACCGAGAUUGGGUUGCUAUAUGUGCUUCCGGGUACUAUCAGGCGAUGUUUUCGACAGUGACCAGCCCGUACAGGCUCUGCUACGGACGUCGCUGUCCGACGAGCAGGUAAUCGUGAAUCUACGGCGAUUUUGUAUACCCUGCGGUAUCCAAUCGGGCUGCCAUAACCCCGGAGACAAGCUAGUUACGCGAAAUGGGGGGCGGUACUGGAUAUGCGAUUGCUUGAAUGUGUUGGAUGAUAAAACGGCGGGGUGCAAGAACUGUAGGACGCUCUGCCCGCUCUCGCCGCGAGGGUUUAAUGCGUCGGCGCUGAAAAUGAGGAGUAUGAUAUGGGGCUAACGGCAUGACUAAAUAUGCUCAUUCACUCAAGUUCCUUGGAGUAUUACCUGCACGGGAGAACGCAUCCGGACCUAUACGGGACGGGUCGUCUUUGGAUGUGGUCAUGAUCAAGGGCAUCUCUGCCUUUGAACAUGCUGUUUGUUCCUUAUCUAUUAGAGUUUUAGCGGGUGAAAACGCGAUGGAAGGAAUUUUGAUUCACAAUUAUCUGAAUAAUAGACGGCGGCAAGUAUUCUAUGGCAACAGGAGGGCCGAAGCCUAUCACACGGUGUUUAGCUUAUUCAAAUACUAUCACCUAAGAAUGGAAACAGGUCUGACAUUAA